CUGGUGACGCCCCGCCCCGUCGCGCCGCGCCUGCGCCGUGCGCACCGACCGGCCUCGAGCGCCCCGGCGGGAGGUUUUUCUGUAUGACUAGAGAAGACAGUUGGUGUAAGUGGAAGUGAUACAACAUUUUUUUAGAAUGUCUGAAGAUGAAGAAAAAGUGAAAUUACGCCGUCUUGAACCAGCUAUCCAGAAAUUCAUUAAGAUAGUAAUCCCAACAGAUCUGGAGAGGUUAAGAAAGCACCAGAUAAAUAUUGAAAAGUAUCAGAGGUGCAGAAUCUGGGACAAGUUGCAUGAAGAACAUAUCAAUGCAGGACGUACAGUUCAGCAACUGCGCUCCAAUAUCCGAGAAAUGGAGAAGCUUUGUUUGAAAGUCCAGAAGGAUGACCUAGUGCUUUUGAAGAGAAUGAUAGAUCCUGUUAAAGAAGAAUCAUCAACAGCAAUAGCAAAAUUCCUCCAACUCCAUUUGGAAUCUGUAGAAGAGCUUAAGAAACAGUUUAAUGAUGAAGAAACUUUAUCACAGCCUCCUUUGACCAGAUCCAUGACCACUGGUGGUAAUGUAUCUCAGCAGGAGAAGAUUGACAGCAUUGCAGACCAUGUCAACAGUGCUGCUGUGAAUGUUGAAGAGGGAACCAAAAACUUGGGGAAGGCUGCAAAAUACAAGCUGGCAGCUCUGCCUGUGGCAGGUGCACUCAUCGGAGGAGCAGUGGGGGGUCCCAUUGGCCUCCUUGCAGGCUUCAAAGUGGCAGGAAUUGCAGCUGCACUUGGUGGUGGGGUGUUGGGCUUCACAGGUGGAAAACUGAUACAAAGAAGGAAACAGAAAAUGAUGGAGAAGCUCACUUCCAGCUGUCCAGAUCUUCCCAGCCAAACUGACAAAAAAUGUAGCUAAAAACCAAACUUUGGUAUUAUUGGUGCCAACAUGUCUAUCCUAAUAAGGACCUUUGCUGCUGUUGGACACUCAGUCAGCUUUUGGAACAUGAGUAUAUCAAGAUAACAGUGGCUGUAAAUGCUCAAGUGGGAUUGAACUGUGAUAAGUGGAUCUAUUUUGUUGUUUGCUGGAUUGUUAAUGGAGAUGUUAGAGAUUAAGAAACUGGGCCGAAGACUUAUAAUGUCUGUCAGGUAAAGUUUGAAGACUGCCAAGGAGCAAAUUUUCUGUCUGGAAAGGUGAGAACUGAACCAGAUAAGGUCUUGAAAUGUGUAGAAGUGUUGGGUUGUGGAGGAAUAGAAUUGGUGAAUUCUAUUCCUUAAGGUGAAUUCAUAGAUGAUUUAGGCCUGUUGGCAAGGAAAAAGAAUGGGAGUUCAAGAUCCUUUGCUAUCAAGUAGGGAAAUCAGGAGCUUGUGAGAAGCACAGGUGAACCCUAUUGCGAUUUGAUCCAACUAUAUUUUCUGGUGGAGGACAUUAAUACAGUAAGGAAACAGAGACUCAACUUCUUUCAUGUUUCUUCAUUUGUGACAGUGGUGGCUGCUUUUCUGAAUUCUUCCUCUGCCUCUCUUUAAUUACAGAACACAGAAUUUUAAGUGGUAGGAGACUUAUUAGGCCAAGUCACCAAACUUGCUAUGUCAACCAGUCUCCUGACACCUCAAAGAUCUAGAGCCCUUUGUUGCCCCUCCCUUGUAAUUUUGAAAAAUUCUUUGGUUUGUGGGGUGAAUUCUAUUCAUAUGUAAUAAGGACUUUUCUCAUAGUCUUUUUUGUCUUAUUUCCCAUCUCUGUUCUUUCCUGUAACCUCUAGGUUAAAAAGAAAGAAAAUUUCAAAUAUUUCCAGCAUUAUUAGAGUUUGGGUUCAAAUGGUGUGGGUGAGACAAGAGAUCAUUUCCUGGGGCAUCUUCCAAUUUUGAGGGGUGGUUAUCUGCUGUAUAGGGGUGUCUCUGAUGCCCUAUAGUCUUUAGGAGAGCUAGGAACUAGCUAUCUACCUCAUUUCUGUUUCUACCAUCCUUUUCCCCAGGCUUUUUAUCUCCCGUGCUUCACUUUUGCUUUUCGCAGCUGCUAUUUCUUCCCAAGAAUGGCAUUCAUACUUACCUUUUCUCACCUUCUAGAUGGACAAAGCCCCAUGCCAAGACUCAGACCCAGUGAAGGGUUUGUGGUGCUAAUCCCAACAUUCAAUGUUGACACCAAGCCUGGUCCAGUCCAACCCUUCAUCUAUCUCAAUCUGGGGGAAAAGACUUUAAGUUUAGGAAAAAAGAAUCUCCAAGAAUACAGGCAGCCUCCCUCUGUAUCCCAACUCAUUUGAAAUAGGAAGGAAGCACCUUUUGCCUUACUCUUUACUCUUUUCUGAGGACAGGAAUUGGCACCUUCACCCCAGAAGGUGUGAACUGUCUCUGCCAGGAGCCAAGGUUCAUCUGGGGCUUGAAUCAUUUAUCACUUAGCUUUUCCCUUGCUGUGUUUACUUUUAAUAACUUAUUGAUUGCCACUUUUCACUUCUAUGUCUAAUCUAAAGAGACAUUUCUCUUUCAUACUUUUCGAAUCUUACCAAUGAAUUCCAAUGAGACAAAGCACAUUUGUUAUUAACUAACUAGGAAGUACCAGGUAUUUCUCUCUGCUAAUUUAUAUCUUUAAUGUAAUACCAAGAAGAAAAUACUUUGAAUAAGUGCCAGAUUCUGAUCUAGUAUCUUGGAUGUCUUAUACUGGGAUAAUUGUUUUUGAACAUCUUUUUUCAUUUUUUGUCCUUAUUGUCCUUUUAACGGGGUGUUCAAACCUAGAGAGAAUCAGAACUUACUCAGUUGCUUAUAUAAAACAGGAUCCCUAAACCUGAGUUCUAGGGUGAUUCUGAUACUAGUCUAGUCAGCUGAAAAUAAAUUUUAAGUUACAUCAAGAUUCAUCAUUGAAUUCUAUAAUUUCCCAUGUUUUACCCUUCUUCAUUACUGCAUGUUAGCCCACUAUACCAACCCCAAGUUGGCUACUGUUUCGGCCCAUUAUCUUAGCAGCAGCACUGGGGACUCGUAACGUAAGGCUGGUUUACAUAAGGACCUGAAGGGGAGAGAGGCCUAUAUUUGAGGUUCAUGUUUUGGAGCGAUCUCAUUUUUUACUAAGUCAGUUUGGAACACCACUGUGUAUUCUUAUAAAUCUUUAAUUCAUACUGCUCAUCAGGAUUGGAAUAUUACUUUAGCACUCUUCAGACUUAGGCAAGUUGUAGUCCUUUUAAAAAGUUUUAUAACUUGGCUAGUCACAGUGGCUCAUGCCCAUA